AUGAUGGGAGACAAAGACAAAGAAACCGGUGGCGGCGUGCUGGGAACCCUUGGACUCAAGUCCGAGGGUCCCCGAGACGUACAGGAAGGUGUGAUGGCAUCUAAUGCUGAUAACCUCCAACGUCACCUUGGUAACCGUCAAAUCCAACUUAUUGCCAUCGGUGGCUCCAUCGGUACUGCCCUAUUCGUGAGUAUCGGCACGGGUCUUUACCAUGGUGGUCCUGGUAGUCUGUUCAUUGCCUUCACUGUCCAAAGCAUCUUUUUAGCCAUGGUUAAUAACUGCCUUGCUGAGAUGACUACUGCAUUCCCUGUCAGUGGUGGUUUCAUCCGACUGGCAGGUAAAUGGGUUGAUGAUGCUCUCGGGUUUAUGGUUGGGUGGAACUUUUUCUUCUACGAAGCACUCUUGAUUCCUUUUGAGAUCUCGGCUUUCACACUUGUGUUGUCAUACUGGAGCAAGACCAUCACCGAGCCUGGGCCGGUAGCUGGUAUCUGUGCUGCAGUCAUCAUUAUAUAUGGUUCUCUCAACGUACUGGCCGUGAAAGCCUACGGUGAAGCCGAGUUUUGGCUCUCCGGUGGCAAGGUCAUAUUGAUCUUCUCCCUGUUCUUUUUCACAUUCAUCACUAUGGUCGGUGGUAACCCGGCCCAUGAUGCCUACGGAUUCCGUCACUGGAACAAUCCGGGGUCCUUCAUGGAAUACCUAGACGGCGGGGCUCUCGGUCGGUUUGAAGGCUUCCUGGGAUCCCUAUGGUCAGCCUGCUUUGCCGUUGUCGGACCAGAAUACAUCUCGAUGGUCGCUGCCGAGGCCAAGCGUCCUCGCACCUACAUCAAAAAUGCCUUCAAAACCGUCUACAUUCGAUUCGGUCUUUUCUUCAUCGGUGGUGCUCUUGCAGUGGGCAUUGUUUGCUCCGCUCGGGACCCGGCAUUGAAAGAUGUGGUCGAAGGCAGCGCAGACAGUACUUCAGCUUCUGCAUCUCCUUAUGUCAUUGGCAUGUCAAACCUCGGUGUCACAAUCUUCCCACACAUUAUCAAUGCGUUGCUGCUGACUUCAAUCUUCUCCGCCGGCAAUACAUACACGUACUGUGCCAUCCGUACCCUAUAUGGCUUGGCUCUGGAAGGAAGAGCUCCUCGAAUCCUGACCCAUACCACCCGCCAAGGCGUGCCUAUCUACUGCUUUGGUAUAGUGAUGAUCUUCCCGAUUCUCUCUUUCCUGCAGUGUUCGAGCAGCUCGUCCGUCGUGAUCACCUGGUUUGCCAGUCUUGUCACCGCUGGAGGAUUGAUUAAUUAUAUCGUCAUCACCAUCACAUACAUCUGUUUCCACCGCGCCUGCAAGGUGCAAGGUGUCGACCGCCGAUCCUUCUCCUACUUCGCUUGGCUUCAGCCUCACUGCGCCUGGAUUUCAUUGGUCUGGAUGAUCAUUGUCACUUGCGUAUACGGAUACCCAUCUUACAAGCCAUGGAGCCUGUCCACGUUCUGGUCCAGUUACACUAUGCAAAUCGUCAUUCCACCUCUGUUCAUCAUCUGGAAGGUUAUCAAGAGGACAAAAUUCGUUCGCUCUCAUGAAGCAGAUCUAGUCUGGGAACGACCUUUGAUUGAUGCCUAUGAGGACAGUUUCCUAGAGCCCCCCACCGGGUUCUGGAGGGAGAUGCUGCAGCUGGUCGGCAUCGGACGGUCACGUAGCGAUGACGCGAGGAGGCAUUCCGUCGCUCCUGUGUCCUCCAAUGAGCCUUCCAAGGCAUAG